AUGGCCAACACCAGCCUGCACGCUGUUCAGACGCUGCCCAAGUUUCUCCUGCCGCGCUUGAGCUGGCAAGGCCCCGUUGCCUCAUCGCGCGUUCUCGGAGCUCUCGCCUUGCCGACUCAGGACCGGAACAGACCAUGGCAAGCCCGCCAGGCAUCGAGUCUGCACACGCAAUGCCGGUCGCUCGGAUAUAGGGCUGGCAAGACGAACAAGUCAUCUUCUGUUCUGCGAAACACGACCCUCAGGCGGUCGUUCCAUGCUACUGCCGUGCGAGCCCGCGACCACCACUUCGACACGCUGAAGUUCGUCCAACGGUUGCAGGGCGAGGGCUUCACGGAGGAGCAGUCGGUCGCGAUGAUGAAGGUUCUGAACGACGUCAUCGAGGAGAGUAUACAAAACUUGACCCGCACCAUGGUCCUGCGCGAAGACGCCGCCAAGGCAACCUACACCCAGAAGGUCGACUUCGCGAAGCUGCGCUCCGAGCUUCUCUCUGCCGACAGCACCGAGUCGAAUACGACGCGGGCCUCGCACGAGCGCCUGACCAACGACAUCACCAAGCUCAACAGCAGACUCCGUGACGAGAUCGGCCGGACGCAGGCGUCUGUGAGGCUGGACCUUAACUUGGAGAAGGGCCGCAUUCGGGAGGAGGCCGUCAGUCAGGAGUUGAAGAUCAAGGAGACCGAGACCAAGAUCGAACAGGAGGUGGCGGCGCUGCGCGAGAAGCUGGAGCAGGUCAAGUUCCAGACCCUGCAGUGGCUCAUGGGUGUUUGCACCGGUUUCGCCGCACUGCUUCUUGGUGCUUGGCGGUUACUUAUGUAA